GUUGUUACUCUCUCUCUCUCUCUCUCUCUCUCUCAUUCUGCUUCUGGGCUGUGUUUUUGCUUCGCUGUUUGCAGUGUGUGUGUCUGUGUUUUUAUUUAAGGUUGGUCAAUCUGUGGCAUUUGGUUGAUUAUAAUAUAAGGAAUAAAAGCAGUGAACGUGCUCUUCUUUGUCUGGUUGUUUCUAACUAAAACUUCACGCUUUUGAUUCGAGUUGGAGAAGAAAACAUUAUUUGAGAUUACACUCUGUACUUUUCUAUUCUUUUUUUUUAAUCAUUCAAAGGCCUAAGACAGAGAGAAACAGACCUUUUGACACACACUGUGAGAGGGAGGUUGUUCUUUGGAAAAUGAGCUUUUUUUAUUUUUAAGUUUUUCCAUCUUUUGAGAACCAUGCUUGUCUCUCAGAAUUGAGUAUUCCGCUUUUCAAAUUCUGGGUCUUUCUUAUACCUCUUCUCUUUCUAGUCUCUACCGUAUAAAUUUUGCUUGGUUUUUUUGGCUGUGGCCUUGUGGGUGUACUUAUGCUCUUUAUGAAGCUUUGAAUCACGCAAAACAAUGCUGUAAUGAAAAAAUUAUUUGUAGUUUACCAGUAGUAACCUUUUUCUUUUUCUUUCCUAUAUCAGAAAAAGGUGUGUCUGUAAAAAUUGCCAGUACUUUAUGAAAAGUUGGUAUAUAUAUGCGUAUGCAUGACUUGGGGGGUUUUUCUAGCUUAGAUAUGAUGGAUAUUAGAGAAACAAGAAGAAGAAGAAGAAAAAGCAAAAGAGUCGUCAGAGAGAGAAUUGUGGUGAUGGGUUCGAAGACACAGCAGAGUCAGACUCAACAGCACCACUCUGUGGCUGUGAGGUUGAACGAGCAAAUGGGGAGCAAAAGAGGGUUCAUUCAAGCCAUCAGGGACUGGCUACUAACGUUGCUUCUGAUUUGGAUCAUGGUGAUGGUUUUCUUGAGCAUGACAGUGUACAAUCGCAUAGAUGCUGAUAACAGAGUAAGGAGGAAGGAUUUACUGGUAAGCAUGUGUGAUCAGAGAGCUAGGAUGUUACAAGAUCAGUUUAGUGUUAGUGUUAAUCAUGUGCACGCCCUUGCCAUCCUCGUUUCCACUUUCCAUUACUACAAGAACCCUUCAGCAAUUGAUCAGGAAACAUUUGCGGAGUACACAGCUAGAACCGCUUUUGAGCGGCCAUUACUGAGUGGUGUGGCCUAUGCACAGAGAGUAAUGGAUUCAGACAGGGAAAAUUUUGAGAGACAACAUGGUUGGACAAUAAAGACAAUGGAGAGGGAGCCUUCCCCGGUGCGAGAUGAGUACGCACCUGUGAUAUUCUCUCAGGAAAGCCUUUCUUACCUUGCAUCACUUGACAUGAUGUCAGGAGAGGAAGACCGAGAAAACAUUUUGAGGGCGAGGGCUACUGGUAAAGCUGUUUUGACUAGUCCCUUCAGGCUUCUAGGAUCUCAUCAUCUUGGUGUUGUGCUUACAUUCCCUGUUUACAAAUCCAAGCUCUCUGCGAGUGCAACAGUGCCAGAGCGCAUUGAAUCAACUGCAGGAUAUGUUGGUGGAGCCUUUGAUGUUGAGUCCCUUGUGGAGAAUUUACUUGGGCAACUUGCUGCGAAUCAGGCGAUAUUAGUGAAUGUGUAUGAUAUCACCAACUCCUCUGAUCCCCUAGCCAUGUACGGUCACCAAUGUCAAGAUGUUGACAUGUCUCAUUUCCAUGAGAGCAAGCUUGAUUUUGGAGAUCCUUUCAGGAAGCAUCAAAUGAUAUGUAGAUAUCAUGAGAAGGCACCUAUGUCAUGGGCAGCACUAACCACUGCAUUCUUUACGUUUGUGAUUGGUUUACUGGUGGGUUAUAUUUUAUAUACUGCAGCAAGUCACAUUGCUAAAGUUGAGGAUGAUUUCCAUGAAAUGCAAGAACUGAAAGUUCGUGCAGAAGCUGCUGACGUUGCAAAAUCUCAGUUUCUAGCUACUGUUUCUCAUGAAAUCAGAACACCCAUGAAUGGCAUCCUCGGGAUGCUGGCUCUGCUUCUAGAUACAGAGUUAAGUUCAACGCAGAGAGAUUAUGCCCAAACUGCUCAAGCCUGUGGGAAGGCACUGAUAGCAUUAAUUAAUGAGGUGCUUGACCGGGCAAAAAUUGAAGCUCGCAAGUUAGAGCUGGAGGCAGUCCCAUUUGACCUCAGAUCCAUACUAGAUGAUGUUCUCUCUUUAUUUUCUGAGAAGUCUAGAAACAAGGGCAUUGAGCUGGCAGCGUUUGUUUCUGAUAAAGUUCCUGAAAUUGUUAUGGGGGAUCCGGGGAGGUUCAGACAAAUUAUUACAAAUCUUGUGGGAAACUCUGUUAAAUUCACUGAACGAGGACAUAUAUUUGUUGAAGUCCAUCUAGCUGAACAAGAAAAAGCCACUGUAAAUGCAGAUGCUGAUACUUGUUUGAAUGGAGGAUCGGAUGGAGGUGUAUUUAAAGCUGAAAAUUGUUUGAAUGGUGGAUCGGAUGGAGGUGUAUUUAAAGCUGAAACUUGUUUGAAUGGAGGAUCAAAUGGAGGUGUAUUUUUAUGUGGUGGACAUCAGUUUAAAACCUUAAGUGGUUGUGAAGUUGCUGAUGAGCGGAACUGUUGGGAUACCUUUAAGCAUCUAAUUGCUGAUGAAGAAUUUCGUUCUGAUGCUUCACAUAAUAUGUUGAAUACUAAUGAAGCAUCUGAAGACGUCACUUUGAUGGUAUCCGUAGAGGAUACAGGGAUUGGUAUUCCCUUAUCUGCUCAGGAUCGAGUUUUCAUGCCCUUUAUGCAGGCAGAUAGCUCAACCUCUAGAAAUUAUGGAGGAACUGGUAUAGGCUUGAGCAUUAGUAAGUGUCUGGUUGAGCUUAUGGGUGGUCAGAUAAGUUUCAUAAGCCGACCUCAGGUUGGUAGCACAUUUUCAUUUACUGCCAUUUUUGGGAGGUGUAAGAAAAAUGCAUACAAUGAUAAGAAAAAGGCUAAUUCUGAAGAUUUGCCUUCUGGUUUUAGAGGAUUGAAAGCAAUAGUAGUUGAUGAGAAACCAGUUAGAGCUGCUGUAACCAAAUACCAUUUAAAUAGACUUGGUAUCCUGGUCAAAGUCGCUAGUAGCAUCAAGAUUGCUGUUGCUAUGUGUGGAAAAAAUGGUUCUCUGACAUCUCGAAACUUCCAGCCAGAUUUAAUUCUAGUUGAAAAGGAUAUAUGGGUCUCUGGGGAGGAAGGUGGUCUAAAUUUUCAGCUAUUGGACCGGAAACAGAAUGGGCAUGUGUUUAGUUUGCCUAAGAUGAUUCUUCUUGCAACGAAUAUCAGUAAUGCUGAAUUUGAUAAAGCAAAGGCGGCAGGAUUUUCAGAUACUGUCAUCAUGAAACCUUUGAGGGCAAGUAUGGUUGCUGCAUGUCUUCAGCAGGUGCUAGGGAUAGGGAAGAAGAGGCAACAGGGGAAAGACAUGCCUAAUGGAACUCCUUUCCUGCAGAGCCUACUUUGUGGCAAGAAGAUUUUAGUGGUUGAUGACAAUAUGGUUAACCGCAGAGUUGCUGCAGGUGCACUAAAGAAGUUUGGAGCUGAUGUAGACUGUGCUGAGAGUGGCAAAGCUGCACUGACGUUGCUUCAAUUACCACAUAAAUUUGAUGCCUGCUUCAUGGAUAUUCAGAUGCCAGAAAUGGAUGGGUUUGAGGCAACCCGUCGGAUACGCCUAAUGGAGAACAAAGCAAAUGAGCAAAUGAAUGGUGGAGCCACAGAUGAAGGAGCUAAUCGAAAGAGAGAGUGGCAUGUGCCAAUAUUAGCCAUGACAGCCGAUGUGAUUCAUGCCACAUAUGAGGAGUGCUUGAAAUGUGGGAUGGAUGGAUAUGUCUCGAAGCCCUUUGAGGAAGAGAAUCUUUACCAGGCAGUUGCCAAGUUCUUCAAAGCCAAACCCAUGUCAGCCUCAUAACAAGAUCUUCCACUCAUGUAAACCGGGCAAACCUAAAGUGGCAACACUUGAAUGGGCUGAAAAGUACCAGCAAUUUUAAUACUGCUGGUGCACUUCUCCCUCAGAUGAAAGGCAACAGUUGGCGUCCUUGAAUUUGAAGAUUCUUAUCCAACAUUGUUUACAGGUUCAGCCAAUCAAUUCUAACCAACUUCAGUUUAACAUGAUUAGAAUUCGAGUACAUACUGCUAUAAAAUUCUUCGUCCCCAGUUGAAUGUAUAGAGCCUUAGACGGGGAAGGAGCCAAAUUGUGUAAAUCAUAUAUAUAUUUUUGUAUGCUUUCCCUGGAACUUUCUUUUGAGAAAGUGUCUCAAUAUCUUGAUUCGUAUAAACUGUCUGUUGUACAAGACUUUGGUCGAUGAACAUUUUGUAUGCUGAGAAUGAAAUUUUUUCUUAUUAUUGAA